UAUCUGGUGUGUUUAAAAACGUGCCUGUAGGAUAGCGUCGGUCCAAGCUGACUGUCAUGCACUCUGGAACUGCUUCACCAUUUUGUAAUCCUGUACAGUAUGUAUUAAUCCAAAAAUGUUGUGAAGGGAUAAGUGAACAUUUGUGUGAAGGUAGAGUUAUUUGUCCUUUUGCUCUGUCCUUUGUGUUUUAGUCUCAGAGUCCAUGCAGCAUGUAGGUCAGAGAGAGUUCAACCUGCUCUGUCUACAACAACUCAGGACUGUAUUUACCAGAGGCGGGAAAAAGUAGCUGGAGUCGUCGUGGAGGAAACUGUACACAUUGAGCGUGAGGAGACUUUAGCUACGAUCCUCCUCCUCCUCCUCCUCCUCCUCCUCCCCGGCACAGAGAAGAGUGUGAGAGACCGAGCGAGGGAACGUGGGAAAGAGGAAGACGAUGUACCAAACGCUGCUUCUCUCCUCCUCCCUCUUCAUCCUUCACGUGAUGGGCACUCCACAGUUCUUCGCUCACCACGGGAGGAGGACUUGCGGCCGAGACCCCCGUCACGGCGCUGCAGUGGCAACAGAGUCAUAUGCCCGGGCGGUGCACAAGCCCUACAUCACCCUGUGUCAGGGGCAUCGCCUCUGCAGCACUUACAAGACUGUGUACUCGGUGGCGUACCGGCAGGUGAGCAGAGCAGCACCUCCUUCAGAUUUCUACUCAGAUUGCUGCCCCGGCUGGCGGAGAUUUCACUCUCACAACUGCAACCAAGCUGUGUGUGGACAACCCUGUGUGAAUGGAGGUACCUGCUUAAGACCCAACCAGUGUGCCUGUCUGCUCGGCUGGACGGGGCACCAAUGCCAAACAGAUGUGGACGAGUGUAGCGAGCAGCAUCCAUGCGCCCAGGAGUGUGUGAACACAGCUGGCAGCUAUCGAUGUGCGUGCAGAGACGGCUUCAAGCUUACUGGAGAUGGCCGUUCCUGUCAAAGCCUUCCUCUUCCUCCUCUUCCUCCUCCUCCUCCUCCUCCCACCCAGACCAGCCAGGCAACAGUGGGUGGUCACACCGAUGCGGGUGGAGGGUUCAGCCAGAUGGAGAAUGUGACGGAGGAGGUACAGAGCCUGAGGAACAGAGUAGAGCUCCUGGAAAAGAAGCUGCAGAUGGUUCUGGCCCCGUUCAGCAGCUUCUUCCCGCCGUCGCUGGACGAGAUGUGGUCCGAGAAAACCACCUUACUGUCCCACUCCUUCCAGCAGCUCGACCGCAUCGACUCCCUCAGCGAGCAGAUCGGCUUUCUAGAGGAACGCAUCGGCACAUGUUCUUGCCAGGAGACUUAGCCGCCGCACAUCUCCCAUGAAGUUAAUAAUGACCUGCCUGAGGUUGUACAAACCAAGAUGGCUGCUGUUCGCAAGAAAGGGGACGACAGGAAGCAGAAACGGCUUCAAUCAUCAUCUGUGAUUUUCACUCUUCCCAACAGUACCGGUGGCAGGGUCAGCGUCAGCAUUACAUCAUCCCUGUAACAUCUGAAUGAAACCCCCUGAGGGUCAAAGGUCAAACUGGCCACUUUGUUUCUGUGUUUGUUUUUGCAUCAGUGCAGCUGUGUCCUCCGUCUAAAGCCCAAACUGUCCCGGGGCAGACGUGGACAUCUGUAUUUAUCUAUUUAAAUUAUGAUUACGUCUCCAAUAGACAUUUUUACCUAGUUUUGUAACAUUUUGUAAUAAAAAGUUUUAAUCAAAAAC